UUCAUUAGGGUUCCAAUAUCGAUGUAUAUGUUGAUCAAUUUGAACUCUACAAGGGUAUGGUCCGCGUAUAUUCAUUAUCAAUCGAUAUGUUAUGAUUUUCUUGUCGAUCUAAAGCUUUUGGAGACAUUAGUCAAAGACAAAAGCUAACUAUCGUCGCAGCAAGCUUCAAAGAUAAAGCGUUCAUCUGUUAUUUCGGGCACGACUGCCAGGUUGUAUGACUACAAAAUGGCGGGCGUCAUUGUAUCAAGCGCGUUCGACCUGCACGACAAAGACAUCAACCGAGAAGAUUUCUUCAAAAGACUUAGCAACCUAGACGUCAACGACUACCAAAAUCUUUCAGGGUUUCUGGAAGAUUUUAAGUUCAAGAAAUUGUCCAUAAAUGGGUUAAACCGAGUUAUAAUUUUCGCGGGAAGGGAAGCCACUGCGCUGUUUGAUGAUUUUACUCUGGAAAUAUGGAAAAAACACUACAUUAAUGAAGAUGUUGCACAAAUAGCUAUUCUUCAAGGAAGUCUUCCUUUUCCUUUGGAGGGAUUAUUUGUAGGCAAGACAACAGGAAAAGUUUAUGUCUGCCAGGAAUCGGAUGAUUAUCAGGAACAGAACAUCACUUGUGUUGGUUACAGCAUGGAACAUUUCCUUACUGUUGGCCCUCAGAAACUACUGGAAUACAGCAAACCACAGUGUAUGUUUGAAAAUUGUUACGGUUGCUUUGAUCCACUGAUUAAGGAUCGAGUGUUGAAUUCUAUUGGACUUCCAUCAAGACAAUAGUAAUCCAAUUGGAGUGCUUUUCUCUGUUAUAUUUGGCCACCCUCAGUUAAUUUCAAAAUAGUUCAAGUUAGAAAUUUGAUGAAUGAUAAUCGAUGAAGUCAAGAACUCAGAGCUAGGACAUGAAGUUGUCAAGGUCAUAAGAACAAGAGUACCCUGCGAGCAGAGGUUUUUUUCCCUCUCUGUAGGGAAAUUUCCUUUAGUGCUUGCAGUUGCCAAAAUAUUUUAAAUUGCACUGCCAGGGCAUAUUAAUUUGCAAAACCUUGCUAGUAAGUUUUGUUCUCAUUAGCAAAAAUUUCAAAGUCACUAGCGAUUGGAGUGGUGAAUAACAAACAUUACUUGAUGCGGGUUCUAAACUUUUCAGUCCUUCAAUUUCUGGACUGUAGUCAUACUCGCAAACUUAGUUAGUUAAAUUUUUUUGUCACUUGCUAAAUACAGAAUUUCACCUGCAUUUUGCAAGUUGGUGAGCAUUAAAUUUGUGCCCCAACUGCUACUACAAAAAAUAUUCCUAGGAUUUUAUGAGAUCUGCAAUGGCAUUAUUCAUGACCUCCAGCUAAGUAUAUAUGGGUGGCAGGGAUUAUGCUAGGGUGUUUCAAUCUUCUUACUUAAACCAGGUCCCAAGCAUUGAGUAGUGGGUGCCAAUAUGAUAGAGUUUUUACCCAAGCUAGACCAUAAUGCAUCAUGUUCUCUAUCAGAAAAUACCUAUGGAAAAAUAUUACUGACACCCAUUGAAGCUGAAAGUGUAUGUCAAACUGAAAAUAACUAAAAACGAUAAUAAAAUAUUAAUUGUAAAAACCUAUCUUUAUUUUCUUUGUUUAGUGGGUAUUAAUUAUAUAAUACUAUGUGGAACUUCUGAUGUAUAUUACAAAGUGAAAUAAAUGUUUAAAAUAGUUUAAUUGUGUUUGUUAAAUGGAUAGUUUGUCAAUUUGCAGUGGUGCACAGACAUCUUUUGGUCUAUAUGUGAGCAUAACAACUUUUAAAUAUCUUGUUCAAUAAGUAGGGGAUAAUUCACCACUUCGGCACUAGCUGUCACAUGGUAUAAAUUGUAUUGGAUUGUGUCAUGGUCACCAAACAGUUCAGACAUUGUUCUUGAAUUUCCGAAGGAAUGCACUGACUUUUAAACAACUUAUUUACUUGAUUUGUUUUGUUAGCCCCCUAAAAAACAAGCAAAGUAUCAUUUUUCUAACUUUAUUCAAGCUUUUCUUACUGCUAUUUAGAGAAACAGAUAAGCAAACCAAGUAGAUAAUUUGUUUAAAAGCCAGUACACUUGUACGUGAAAUCUGAGAACAAUGUCCGAACUUUUUGGUGACCGUAACACAACCCAACACCAUUUAUAUCACAUGACAGCUAGCACCGAAGUGGUGAAUUAUGUCUUGUAGUUCCGCCUCCAGCUAAUACGUCUCUAAGUUUUAUUACAUUGCAACUUCUAGAUGCCAAAUGAUUUACCUAUAUUGUAGUGGUUUUACUUAAAUUGUAAAUAAAGUUAGUAGACUAUCUUAGAAUGGUCUUAACCCGUGAAAUGGUAGACUAAUAGAGGUUAGAGGAUCUUAAAAUGGUUUUACUUAACCUGUGAAAUAGUACACUAAUAAAGGUUAGCAAAUGUUACUUAA